AUGACUAUUGCUGAUCUUUAUCCUGAACUUUCCAGACCUGGCUCUCAAGCCAAAAGAGUUGAGGCUGAGAAAAUUCCCAUUUAUCCUAUUUUUGACGGCAAAGGUCGUCAAGUCACUGAUGCUUGUCUUCAACUAGAAGUGAGCAAAAUUGGAGUCCGCAAUAAAGAUGAGUGGUCAAAUGCUAGUGAUAGUGAUAGUAUUGACACAAACUCGUUCAACAACUCAACUUUAUUGACUAUGUCAACUAUUAGCAAUUACACUGAGUCUACUGAUUCUUCUUUUAACAAAAAAUUGGGUAAUGGGAUCCCUAAUAAACAAAAAUGUGAAGAAAUUAAACUUACUCGGUAUCGUGGAGCAGCCGAUCCUCAGUCAAUUGCUUCGCGCAUUGCCAGUGCUGUUGCACACGAUCAGUAUCCAGUAAGCAAUAGUCGUACUUUUGCAGGAAUUGGUAAAUCUCAACAAGGAACUCGCAUGGCACUUAAUGGCUAUGUUUGCUCUUUUCAAAAAACAACCAAUAUUCUAACCAAAUCUAAAACCUCAGCACCUGAACCUACAAAGGCUUGCUCAGGAUUUAAAUUCCCUCCCCCUCCCAAAAGAGCGGCACCCCAAAACAAACUCAACAAUUUGUCUGCAUAUUCUUGCAAAGUUUUGCAACUCAAAUCUCAAUACGUGUUUCGUGCUGGGAUGAACGAAGAGAUUAGUAGCAAGGGUCUUAAAUGGAUGGGCACACACGCACACAAAAAUGCUAGUGUAGGCGACUACUUCAAGCUUGGAGAUUUGACCGAUAAGUCGACUAAGGGACUAGGUGAUAUGUCCUACGAUAUGGAAACUGUAUACGCGAGAUUAGAAAAAGAACGUGAGCUUCGUGAAGAGCUUGAUGAAGCGUUUAGUCUUGCAAUCAAGCAAGCAAUUAUGAAAAAGUCUACUUCUGCAAAAAAGAGUCAGAAAAAAGGUGGUUUACUUGGAGUUUUUGCUAUUCCCAAGUCCAAAAAUAUGGCUGAGGCUCCUCUUUUGAAAACCAAAUCUCACGAAGACCGCCUCUUUUCCUUUUUAAAGGACAAGUUUUCACAAGUUCACGUGUUCAAAAAAACUGGCAGUGGUCGGUUUUACCUCAUGUCUAAUGGCGAUUUUGUUUCUCUCCAAAGAGUUAUUGUUGACGAGCAGGAGGAGCUUUUGCGCGCUGGCAUUUGUGCCGCGAUUGAAGAAGUUGGACUUGCUGCAGUACUGGCUUUACCAUAUCAUUCUUUAACUUCGGUGGAAAGACGAGUAUUUGGUGGUAUUGUAGCCAUGGCCAGAGUAUAUGGCAUGAAUGCAUUACAGACCAUUAUUGACAGUGAUCAACAACGCAUUGCACAGAUUUACCGCAAUGAAGUUAAGAGAUAUGGCAUUAUGCAUAUUUUGGAAGGAACUCAGCCUUCCAAGACCUCAGACAGGGCCAAGUUGGCAAUUUUAGGAGAGACCGAAACCAAGUAA